AUGGACUCGCCGGCAUCAUCGCAGGACGAGAGAGACAUCGAAGUCAAUGUGGUUUCAGGGGCCAGUAGCCCGGAUAUACCUUCGUCGCCUUCUAGGAAAGACCAGAAGUCUCCCUUCUACGAUAUCAAGAAGGAUAAAGAAGAGAAGGCGACGGGAAGCGCGCCUUACACGAGUUUCUCUAUUAGUUCCAUUCUGAACAGAACGGAGCCGAGAAGAGAGAAUGUUCUAGAAGCCGCACUCGCUGCGAAUCAUUUUGGAACCAAUGACGCUAUGCUUUCAAGGUUGGGUUUAAUCUCGCAGUGGAGCGCCCUUGCAGGCCGAUACGGAGGCUUGGUGCCUGCGCCCUGGUGCUGGCCAAGGCCUCACGAGAGAUCCACGCCACCUAGAGAAGACUCGACGACCAACGAAGAAGGCUCAGCCGGCGGAUCGCCGCGGCAACGCUCCCCGCCCCCCCGAGCGCUGUCGCCCCCCUCACCCUCCCGCUCGUCUCCCCGCUCCCCUCGCAUGCACCCCGCACUCUACCCGCAACAGCAAGACGCCAACGACUCCGACCCCGACGUCGACGAAAGCGACGAUUUCGACAAAGACGAGAAACGAGACCCCAACGCCAACCUCGGCAAGAGAAAGAAGAAGACCAGAACAGUCUUCUCCCGGUCCCAAGUGUUUCAAUUAGAGUCGACUUUCGACAUGAAGAGAUAUUUGAGCAGCUCGGAGCGCGCUGGAUUGGCUGCAAGCUUGCAUUUGACGGAGACUCAGGUGAAGAUCUGGUUCCAGAAUAGAAGGAAUAAGUGGAAGAGGCAGCUUGCGGCGGAGUUGGAGGCGGCGAACAUGGCGCACGCGGCGCAGCGGCUCGUGCGUGUACCGAUCCUGUACCACGAGUCGCGGCCGACGUCGAUGCCGCACACGCCGCUGCCGCUCCACCCGCAGUUCCCCAACGAGGGGGUCUACUUCCCCCCACAAGCUCCCCAGCAGCUCCAACCGCUCCCCCCCUCGCCCGUCACCUCGCGAGCACCGCUCUCAUCACUCGUGUAGUGUUCGCUGGAAUCCGCUCGCAGGACUGACAACGCGGACGGAUUUUGAAUUUCGAAUAGUCGUAAAAGUCAA